GUAGUGUUAAAAGAAAUUAAUCUUAAUACUGAGGAAGGAGUUUCUUUGGUAAUUAUCCGGAAGAUUUCGUUGCUUAAAUAUCUUAUAUAUAAGAAUAUUCUAAUCUUAUAUGACGUGGUGAUUACAGAAGACAAACUGGUACUAAUAUUCGAGUAUAUAAAUAAUAAUUUAAAAUGCUAUAUUAAUAUUUAA